UUCACCUAGCUGCUUCCAUUGAUUUCGCUGACGGUUUGGUCAAAUCUCGCCAGAUGAUAUGUCUACCACCUGUGAGAGUUUCUUGUUACAUCUUUCCGUCGAUGUGCUGGAGCUUGUGGACCUCCCAUAACAAACUACUCUUCAAGAACUCCAGCUCUACACUUACAGAGAUCGCUCAUAAAAGAAUCACCUUAGCUCGUGAAUGGUGUAUGGCACCAAUGUCAACGAUACAAUCCACACAUCAAGCAACAACACAAUUUACAUAAUUGCUGUUGAAAAUACAAUGGAAAUAAUCUAAAAUCGUUUCGAAUAAGUUGUUAGUUAGAAAACGUGUACCAUAAAAACUUAAAAUUAAUAAUAGCAAUAAAAAUACAUUAGACUUAAAAUAGCAGUUAAGGUAAAAGAAUAAAAGAUAUAAAACAUCAAUGAUUCAAAGGUAGUAAAGCGGAGAUAAUAAUAGUUGUGUAACUUGUGUUAUUUUCGACUUGGAAAUCAUUGCGAGUUAAGAAUUGGGUGUGGUUAGUUGCCGAUCACUGCCGUCAACUUUUGACUAAUGCUUAUUUUGAUUAAUACUUUUGCUUACAUCAAACUAUUUUCAUUGGAUUAACUAAACUUGUUAUUUGGAUCCAUGUGGACUAACAUAUUAGUGGGUGCGUGGACAAUUAACUGCCUCGAUAAUGACUUCCAAUUUAGUCCGUAAGGUAUAAAACCACAAUAAUUCCCUCAAAAUGUAUUAAAUCAAAUAAAUUACAGUGUACACUGAUGUGAUAUGUUCGUUAUAUACAUGAUACAAAUGCAAUGAACCCGCUAACAACUUUGACAUGAUGUAUAAUUAAAUUCUAUACAUAUAAAGGGACUUUAUGUCAUUACAUCAUGCAUGAGAUAAAGCCCUAAAUUCCUCAAAUUAGUUAAAGUGUCCACUUGUAAACUAAUCAAGAAACUUUCUUUAAGUGACUGAAAGUAGUGUGGCUUAUCUCAUGAUUACCGAAAUUUUAUUAUUUUAGUAUUUGGAGUAACGAUUUUUCCUCCUCUCUCCACCUUUUGUUUUGUGAUUCCAUAAUUGCUAAAAAUCUUAUCCAAAAAAGGACAAGAAAAAUAUAAGUCCCUUGACCAAACUGCCCAUGUGAGAAUGAUAGAAAAACAAUAUGAUCAUACAUAUUUCUGACCGACAAUAAUAUCGACGAUGAACAAAGCUGAAUCUGAGAAUAACCGUAUGAAAUAUUUGUUUUGGUUCCCAAAAAUUUUAGAGGGCUUAUACAUGGGUACAGGAAUUCAAAAUUAUAGAAAAAUUAAUAAAUUUCUUAAGAAAUGCGUAUAGCCUUAAAAAUCUCAAAUUUGAUCCAAACGAUCAAAACCACUAACCAUUUUGAACUUUUUGGUUGAUGUGCAAGAUCACAUACAUAAAGUUUAAACUUAGUAUGCAAAGAGAACACUGAUUAAUUGCAAACAAAUAUAUCGACCACUUUAUCAAAUAACAAACUUAGUCCGAGAUUCUGACGGAUCCACAAACUAACUAGAGAACCAAUCAAUCAUAUUCCACGUCCAGAAAAAUAAGCUAUACUCCUAAAUCUAACCCCUAAAAGAAAGUUGAUAAUAUCUGAUAAAACAAAAUCCCAUACUAAACAUGUUUUUCAUAUUAUCUAUAAAUAUCCAAGAUUAAGCAAGAAUCGAUUACGCCCCUUUUUGUAAACUGUUCAUAAAAAAAUUUACAUUUCAACAAGUAAAAAGAGAUAAAACAAGAAUUACAGUUCCAUACAUUUCAUGGUCGUUGGAAAAAGUUAUCCCAUGGUCGAAAGUUUCAGUUUGUAAAAUGUCAAUAAAGAACUAUUAUGCAAGAUAUUUCCAGAAAAAAAAAUUAUUAUGCAAGACAACAAAUAAAAAAUAAGAGGAAAUGGUCCAUAACGGUUCGAGCAUAUUUUCUUUACAACCCGGAAACGGAAAUACGAGAUGACGGGACAUGUGUUAGGUAGCAAAACGAUCCGCUCGUGUUCAUCAUAUCGUCAUUCCACGCCGGUACACGACUUUUUUUCUUUGUCGUCAGCAGAAGAUUUCAAAAUUAUAAUGAAACCGUUUCCAUAAACAAAACUCACAUAAAACAAGACACUAUUAAAUAAUCUUUUGGGUACUUUUCUUUGUUUUCUAACGUUUCUUUUCGUUGUAUUAUAUUUACGUUGUGUGCGUUUUCUGUUGAAAUUAAUUCCAAGUUCGACUUCAGUUACAUUUUGUUAACCCCUCCAUUUUGUAAAAGACAAAAGCACUUUUGCAUUCUAAUGUGUGACCAUUCAAUUGAUCUAAUACAUAAGGAUAUCAUGUUUUACUUCUUCUUUUUUUGUGCACACAUGUUUUACUUCAAUUAAACUUCAAUAACAUAGUCCAUAUCAUUGAACAAUAACAGUCUUAAACAGAGUUGGUAUUUCUUUUAGGUUUUCCAGUAAUUGUCGCACAACAUAGUUUGAGCUCACUGGAUAAGUAGAGAAGUGUGUUUGAGUGCAAUGAAUAUAUAAGGAAAAUGUAUCCAUCUAAAACGGCUUCGCGCCCUUUGUUCAAUAGAUUCUCGAAGUACUUAAAACUAGUUGUUGAGCUACUCACGAAGUUGAUAAAAAAAAACUACUCACGAUUAAUUUAUACCUUCCUCGUUUCAUAAUAUUUGAUGUUUUGUCUUAGUGCACACAAAUUAAGAAAGUUAGAUUUAAGAAAAAAACACUUUUAAAAAUAUACUUUUAAAAUUAUUUAACCAAUUAUAAAAAAGACCGUAAAAUCUAAUUGGUUGAACAGUUUCCAAUAAAGUUAAAGUUAACUUUAAAACUUUAAAAUUUCAUGUAAAUUGAAACAAAAUACUUCUUUUAAAACAUCAUCUAUAUUGAAACGAAGAGAGUAGUAAACACUUAUAUGCUCGUAAAUAUAUGUCUAUACACACACACAUUCGCAUACGUUAAACUGAGAAAAGCAAUUACUUUAUCUCCCUUUAAGAUCUUUUCUUGCUUUGUGUCCGAAACAGACAAAAGUUGAUUCUGUUGUUUUUAUCCCAUAAUUAACUCCCACCCACACGUUCGUACGUGCACACGUGCAAUAUAUCAAUGUGUGUAUAGUAGUGCCAUACGAGCGUUUCAAAACUGUUUUUUGGAGUUUCCAAGACUGUUGAGUCUGUGGGGGCUACAGGCAUCGAACCCUCCAAACGCACGAGCGGGUCUCGUUUUGCAUGCAACAUCACCACACGUACCCACCGACUUUCCAAACCCUUGCUUUUGCACGUGUGGAGAGAGAGAAUGAACUCAAACCAAAAGUAUCACAUUAUUCGAAAUUUUCUCCAAGUAGAAAAUUCAACCUGAAUAAGAACGUUAGCAUAAAUCUUCUAAUACAUGUAAAGAAGAAGAAAAAAAAUUUCGAGCAGCUCGUAUAAAACAGUGAUGAGAAAUUAUCAUACUCUUAAACAAAAAAAAAUUAUCAUACUUUGAUCCUUUCUACAACCGAUUUUUCUUUUUUUUCUACAACCGAUUUUUCAAGACCAUUAACGACUAAAAGUAUUAGUUCAAAUGAUAAAGCAUACAUAACAAUAUAAAACGAUUGGAAUGAAAUUAUAAACAUCUGUAAAUAAAAAUAUGAUAGUUAAAAAUAUAUUUGAUACUGAUAUGUGAUAGAAAAAAAAUCUAUACAACUUUUUGAUAUGUAAAUAUACCAGCUAACAAUAAAAAAAUUCAAGUAAAUUGAAUAACAAGUCAUCGUCAGAUUCUUAUAAUAUUAUAUAUAUGAAUAUAUGGUGUGAAACUAAUUCUAUAUAUAUAGUAGCUUGCGAAUACAUGUCAGUCAAAUUCAUACAUAAAUCCAUAAAAAAAUUAGAGAAUCUCAUUUUCCUCUUCCACCAUAUAAACAGUGGAAAGCCAUUCAAGUGCUCUCCCCUCUCUUAUUACUGGUUUCUUUCUCUAAUCUCUAGCCUCAGAAAGAAAGAACAAAAUGAAUCCAAAUCUCCUUAAGAACAAUCUUACAGGUAAUUAUACCAUCAAUGACUCUAGAAGAUUCGAAGUAAGAAACAACUUCAGAUCUCCACCACACUCGCACCCCAACUUCUCUCUCGCAAGAAAACAUCCUCACGACAAAUCAGUCUCAGUCUUGGAGUCAGGAGAUGAACAUGAGAAAGAGAGGGGUGAAAAUGGUUUGAAAAGAAGGGGCAAAAAUGGAAUAUAUUCCAAACUAUGCUCAAGAGGACACUGGAGACCAACAGAAGAUGCUAAACUCAAGGAGCUUGUUGCCCAGUUUGGCCCCCAAAACUGGAACGUGAUUGCUCACCACCUUCUUGGUAGAUCAGGAAAGAGCUGUAGAUUGAGAUGGUUUAACCAACUUGAUCCAAGAAUUAACAAGAGAGCAUUCACCGAGGAAGAAGAGUCUAGGCUUUUAGCUGUUCACCAAGCCUAUGGCAACAAGUGGGCUUUGAUCUCACGUCUCUUCCCGGGUCGGACAGAUAACGCCGUCAAGAACCAUUGGCACGUCAUCAUGUCUCGACGGACUAGAGAGAGUCAACGACAACGUCAAAUGCAGACUCCUCAGGCACCGUCAGGAAACGCUGAAAUAGUCUCUUCCUCGUCCCGCUAUAAUCACGGUGAGUUAUUCGGUACGGUCGCGAAUGGUACUGUCGUCAACGAGAAAGAUGAUGACGGAGACGAUGAAGAUGCUUCAGCUGUCUCUACUUGUACGACGGAGCUAUCUCUCACUCUACCCUCUUCAACUCACCAGGCUCGCUUCUUGAAUUACGAUAGUACCCUUGUCCCAGGUAAAGAUGGUCAGUGUGUGCAGAGAGCAGAAGUAAAUGGCAAAUAUAGUAAAAAGAUGGACCAUCAAAAUCACCACACAAUCACAGUCAGUGAAGAAAGGAAAGUGGAGAUGCAGAGUGGCUUUUACUUCUUUGAUUUUCUUGGAGUUGGAGCUUCUUGAUUAAUUAAUUAUAUUGAGAGUUAUUCAAUGUCCAUAAGAAACUUUCUAGAGUUCCCCAACAAAAAUAUUUAUCAUUUAAUAUAAUUUAGUUAUGUGAUUAAAAUUUAGUUUUAUAAUAAGAAUUGAACUAAUAAGAAGAGAUGAGUGUUCGUAGAGCACCUGCAGUGGUGAGUCUCUCAUCCAAUUUUCCCAGCAUUUAAAAAAAAUAUAAAUAGAGAAAAGAGAAAAGAGAGAAACAAUCGUCUCAUUAUCUAGAGACGUUGCAAAAACUACGAAGGAUGUUUCUGGUGUGUUGUCAUGCAGUGACUGGUUGAGCUAUCUUUUUAUUUAAAGUUUAUUUGUUUUAUCAA